CCAAUCAGCUCGCCGCUUUUCGGCGGGAAGCACGGAGCGGCCGGAAGCUCGCCGUCCCUCUUCCGGCGGGCGGGCGGGCGCCAUGUUGGAGGAGAGGCCGCUGCGGCUGCUGGCGCUGCACGGGUACCGGCAGAGCGAGCGCCGCUUCCGCCAGCGCACCGGGGCGCUGCGCAAAGCCCUGAGGGGCCGCGCCGAGCUCGUGGCCUUCGACGCCCCUCACCUCGUGCCAGGCGGCGAGGAAGAAGGCGGCGGCGGCGGCGACGACGGCGUCGACCCCCCCCGCGGCUGGUGGUUCUCCAGGCCCGGCGCCUUUGAGGCGCGGGAGGCGGCUGAGGAGCCGGCGGGGCUCGACGAGGCGCUGGCGGCCGUGGCAAAGGCGCUGGCGGAGCGCGGGCCUUUCGACGGGCUGCUGGGCUUCAGUCAGGGCGCGGCGCUGGCCGCCAUGGUGUGUGCCUUGAGGGCCCGGGGCGAUCCCCGCUUCCCCGUGGCCUUCGCCAUCCUGGUGGCCGGCUUCGCCAGCCGCGCCCCGGCCCACGGGCACUUCUACCGGGAGCCCAUCACCCUGCCCACGCUGCACGUGGUGGGUGAGGCCGAUGCCGUCAUCGCCGCCCCCCUCAGCUUGGAGCUGGCGCAGAGCUUCGUGGAGCCCGUCGUCGUCACCCACCCCGGCGGGCACUUCGUCCCCGUGGGUGCGCCGCAGAAGAAAGCCUACCUGGACUUCUUGGAGCGCUUCCGCGCGGGGCGAGGGCAGGCAGAGCCGCCGGGGGCUGGAGCUGUGUGAUAACGGCGUCUGUAAUAAACGGGGCUCCAGCCAGGUGCACGCAGCUCGCUGUAUUUCCCUAUGCUCCAGAGGGUCCUCGCGACCUCCCUGUGCUCAUACCGCAAAGGAGCACGGCCUCGACUCUUCGUUACCUCCCUCUGUUGUCGCUCUGGGUACGCGGGUAUGACAGCACGGAGGUCAUGGACACGAGGGUGCCCCGGCUGCGUCCGAGGGGCUCUCAGGGCCAGGAACGGCCGCUCCAAAACCCAGUCUGAGCUCAGCCAAAGGAAAUGAACGGCUGCAGAGCACGCGGCUCUCGCGGCUUUAUAUUCCAAACGUUUGUGUUCUUAACAUCCCGUGCAAAAGCUAGUAAAGCAGCUUUCGGGUGGUGUGGGUCUAGAAGAAGCUCCUCCUGGCAGUGCCAGGGCUGGUAACCAGUUCCCUCUUCGCAAUUAAAGUUCGGUGCUGGUUCAGUCGGUGCGAA